AUGGACAAAAGGAAAUGGAAGGUGUCAUUCCUUCAUCCGGACCUCGGUAUCGGUGGGGCGGAGCGGUUCGUGGUCGAUGCCGCGAAAGUACUGAAGAGGUCAGGCCAUGACGUACAGUUUUUUACCUGUCACCACGAUCCGACCCACUGCUUUCCAGAAACGGUCGAUGGUCAGCUGCCUGUAAUCGUCGUUGGCGACUGGCUGCCCACGUCGCUUUUCGGUCGCUGUCGCGCUCUGUGCACUUACAUACGAAUGCUGUGGCUGACGGUGUACUUCAUUGUGUGCGCCAGGCCGUCGUGCGAUCUCGUCUUUUUGGACCAGGUGUCCGUUGGUAUUCCCUUGCUUCGUUUGAAGAAGGGUUGCAAAGUGAUCUUCUACUGUCAUUUCCCGGAUCAGCGACUAACCAGCCGCUCUUCACUACUGAAAUCCAUUUAUCGCUUUCCCAUCGACUGGCUCGAAGAAUGGAGCACCGGACUAGCCGAUCAGGUGCUAGUUAACAGCCAUUUCACAGGUAACACUAUUGCUUAUGGCCUCCAGGUGGAGAGCGCAGUAGGUUUAUAUGGACAUGUAAUGACGAUAUCACAGGAGAGACUCGCCAAGCCUGCUAUCUUAGCAAAGCCACAGAGAAUUGGCCCCAGGGCCAGAGCGUGGUUAUAAAA